CACCAACGAGCCCAACAAACACCAAUGAAAUGAGCCAGUCUCAGCACAGACAGCCAAGCUAGAUCCUCAUAGCCUUAUUUUGUUUAUCUCUAGGCUGAGGUACGGUUCCUGAUAAGAAGAUGGAACGGUUGCAGAAGAGGAUGCAUGCGACUAUGACGGGCGUCGCGCUGCCUAGUUGGCGUGUCAUGGAAUUGGGAGCAUUUCCACGCCCGUCAUGAUUCGACCGAUCAUGUUGAUAAACUUAUCAUGACACAUCGUUAGAUCCAUGCCACUAUGAAGAAUAUAAAUGCGAAACACCCUGCCGUCAGGGGAAUGUUCAAAAAUCCCCUCGGUCUGCGCUCUCCAAUUGUUGCGACGCCCCACAAAACAACACCGAUCCAAUGUCAUUGAGCAUGGACAAAUAUGAUGUUGAAACCAGCGCUGUCCCCAGUGAAAGCGGAAACUUUUCAGCCGGAGAAAUUGAGGAUGUCCCAGCCAUCGAUCCGCAGCUCGAAAAGCGGACACUUGCCAAAUUUGACAAAUACUUGCUCCCUCAAUUAUUCGUCAUAUUGAUUCUUGCUUACCUCGACCGCACAAACAUCGGCAAUGCCAAAGUCUUCGGCUUCGAAGACGGAAUCGGACUGAAGGGCACCCAGUUCAACACCCUUUCCACGAUUUUCUACCCUACUUACGUCACCCUCGAAGUUCCAUGGACCAUGGCCGUGAAAAGAUUCGGUGCAAACCAAGUCCUAGGAGUUGCCAUGGUGGCUUGGAGUAUUAUCACCUUGGGGACCGGCUUCAUCCAUAAUUAUCACCAGGCGAUUGCUGUGCGAAUCUUGCUGGGUACUUUCGAAGCCUGUCUCGUGCCGUCCAUCGCGUUUAUUAUUUCGACUAUCUGGUCCAGAGAGUCUCAGUCCAAGCGCAUGGCCAUGAUCUACGGCUGCCAGUGUCUGUCGGGCGCUUUUGGAGGUCUUAUUGCAUAUGGAAUCGAGAGUAUGGGUAGAAAACACGGCCUAGACUCUUGGAGAUGGUUAUUCAUCAUUGAAGGCGCCGCAUCAGUUGGUCUAUGUGCUAUUUGCUGGUUGUUGCUUCCCAGAUCUGCGGAGGGGGCAUGGUUCCUCAGUGCCGAAGAGAAGGAGGUCAUGCGAGCUCGCAAGCAACGAGACAUUCUUUACAAGGGCUCUGAAGAAUUCUCCUGGUCCUAUGCUCGCAUGGCUUUUACGGAUCCGUUUAUCUACGUUGCAUCGUUGAGCUUCUUUUGUUCCUCGAUUGCUCUCUUUGGUUUUGGUACCUUUCUCCCUACCAUUAUUAAGGGCCUUGGUUACACGUCAAAACAAGCCAACUAUUUGACCAUUCCUGUGUACUUUUUUGCCACAAUGAUUCUCUGCACAGCCACAGCUGUCUCGGAUCGCCUCAAGAAGCGUGCCGCUGUCAUUUGCUUUGCUCCAGUCCCGGUUAUUAUUGGUUACAUUAUUGUCUGUGGGACAGACAGCCAUGGCGCAGGUUAUUUUGCCAUGUUCUUGAUCGGAGCUGGAAUCUACACUUACAACUGUUUGAUCCUCACCUGGGUCACCAAUAACCUCUCCCCCGACUAUAAGCGCAGCGUGGGCAUGCCAUUUUUCGUCUCACUUGCAAACAUUUCCGGCAUUGUUGCAUCGAACAUUUAUCCUUCAACCGAUGGCCCACGAUACCUCGUGGGCAAUGCAGUCAGCGCAGGCAUGGAGUUUCUUGCUCUAUUAGGAAUCGGAUGCAUGUGGUGGAUGCUCAAGAAACGAAAUAAUACAAAGGAAACGCUCAAGGCUCAGGGUGUUGAGGACAAUGGCAAGGAAGGGGACAGAGCACUGGAUUUUGUUUACAAUUUAUGAUUUCAUGUAUAUUAUGUCUACGCCCUUUCUUUAUAUCCGCUAUGCUAAUAUGCCCAUCAAUUGCUUCUUAUAUAUAUUAAUAUUUUACUCGAACAGAAUUGCCCAGUACUCAUCCGCAAUUUACUCCUCGCAAAUCAUUAAUCUGGUUCACCAAUGUCCACCCUUUAGUAGCGCUCGUAUUUUCAUUAUGAUGCUCGAAGUUGAUUAUCCCG